AUGGACGGCGAACAGCGAGGACCCGACUAUGGAGCUCUUGGCAGUGCCGGGGCAGCAGGUGAAGCUGCAGGCACGAUGAAUGGUGGCCCUAGGGUUGCUGAGCAAGCAGAUGAUCAAGGCGAGGGUGUCGGCGAGGUUCCUGCUACGAGUGGUGCUGACAACGUGGUACGACAGACCGCAUCCGGGCGCGACGUUUUAACUACGACUGCAGCAUCGCAGGGUGGACAACGCGAGAACCCUGAGCCUUUUUCAUCCCAGCUGUCAGCCUCGCAACAACGGCCAGCCGAGACGUUACAAAGCCCUGGCAUGGAGCAUCAUCAACCUCAGUCGGCCCUCAGUGGUCCGACGACCUCGUCUCGCAUUGUGGAGCAGAUGCAACAACAUGUCGUGGUGGGCAGCUAUGAGUUUUCUCCUCCAGAGGAGCUUCCUGAGAAUGAGCCCAGGAGACACCCACAGGCUGGAGGUCAAGCUAUGUGGCUGGUGAGAUUGGGGGAGUUUGUGCAGAAGCGCAUUAAUCAAGCGGGAGCAGUGGUUUCCCCGCUCUUGGAGCAGCGAAAUCGACCAGUUCAGAAGCAUGUUCGCCAGGAGAUGGCCGAGUACAAUGAGCCCUGGGAGCGGGGGUCAGUGAGGAACCUUCACUUGGAACAGCUGCGGGACUGCAGGGAGGAGUCCGGAGUGCCUCAAGAUCUGGACUUGCAAGAAUUCCCGAAGCUACGAGUGGAAGCUUUGGAGUGUUUCAAGGUAAUCCUCCUGAACUUCAACCAGCCCCUGAAGAGCCUGUUCGGGAUCCUGUCCUUCAAAGGGGUGCUUGGGGACUACCUGGAAGUGAUCCUCAAGGAACGCGACCUCGUGAAGAACGUUUUGUGCCUCCACCAGGAUUGCAAGGUGCUCGGGGAGAAAGAGGGCGAGAGAGGAGUCUAUGUGGCUCCACCGGCCCAGACGGGCCACACUUCGGGCAUGUUUUCGGAUGGAUGCAAGUUCUACUUCCUUGCCGCCCCACUCAAUGCCUGGGAUGACCGCAUGACUCAGUUGCAGCAAGCGUACCUAGGGAAGCCAGAGGGAGACCUGAAAGGAGCUGCAGAGCUGCCCCUUAUGCCGGAGGUGGGACCAGACGCCGCCGUGGAGUUUUCGGAUUGGGCCUAUGAGGCGGAACAGGUGAUUGGGAGCCUCGCUGACAAAGCAGCGUUGUGGUUUUCAGCAUGCAUGGAGGUGGCACGGACCACCUACGAUCAGUACGUUACCUCGUCGCCGCUUCAGCGUCUUACCCUGACUCCGGUGAUCCCUGAGGAGCUUCGCCAUCCACGUUGGUCACGACUGGAGCGGAAGGUCACCAUGAUGUUGCUUGCCUCCAUGCGGAAGCCGGCGAAGGAUGAGGUGAUCACGCAUCGGAUCUCUACGGUGCCCUCACUUUUGUACCGGCUUUUCGUUCUAUAUCAACCAGGAGGGUCGGCAGAGCGAAGCACUAUCCUACGCCACUUGGAAGGAUGUUCUCCUGGAAGCGAUGUGUACCAGUGUAUAACUGCACUCAGGAAAUGGCGCCGGUACCUACAGCGCGCUGAGGACAUCGGGAUCUCGGUGCCGGAUGGGUCGGUUCUUCUGAGAGGAGUCGAAGCCAUUGCUUCCCAAACUCUCGAAUCGCUUCCAGAUAUCAAGUUUCGUGUUGCUUUGGCAAAGAAUGAGCUUCAGCUUCACAGCCGCCCGGAAGCAGACUCGGUGAUCCGGUAUUCGAAUGCCAUUCUGGCUGAGCUUCAGACGGCAGCACCGGCAAGGGCAGCGACUACGACUACGGAAGUGGCAAAGCUGAAGAACAUCAACUUGCCCGACGGCGCGACGGGCACCUCUCCUACGGCAAAGGCUAAAGCGAAGGCGUCCGUGCCGUGCAAGUUUUUCCUCACGGACUCUGGUUGUUCAAAGGGCUCAAACUGCGGCUACUCCCACCAGUUCACUAAGAAGGAGAAAGCUGGAAGGUGCUGGACUUGUGGCAGCACUCAGCAUAUGAGCUCAACGUGUACAACUAAGAAAGGGAGUGGAAGCCCAAACAAAGAGUCCAAGGGAGCUGGAAAGGCUCAGCUACCAAAGGGACCUGCAGUGUCUCAGCUAGCAGCGGCUACGACUACACCCUCGUCUAAGGAGCCUUCACCUUCGGCGUUAUCCUCGACAACUACCUUGCCCGUGUCGACUUCCUCUACCACAAGUACAUCCACCGGGGACACGGCGACGGCCUUGAGCAUGGACACUGAGGCUCAGAUGAAGCAGCUGUUGGAGGAGGCCAAUGCUAUGAUGAAGGAGAUGAGAAAGCUGAAGAUGCUGGCUCUCUCGUCCACCGAGGUUGAAAACAAUGCAGCGGGACGGAGGUGCGAUCCCAAGACUGGGAGGACCGGGCUUUUGGAUUCGGGAGCUUCUCAUCCGUUUCGUUCGGCAGCAAACGAUGAGCUGAAGGACGCCGUUCGUGUCAAGGUUCAAUUGGCGAACGGGUCGGAGGUCACUCUGGCCCAAAACAAGGCCGGAACACUUCUGGCUGCAACGCCGCAAGAUGGAGAUGAUGUCUCGCCGAUUGUUCCGCUGGGUGCGUUGGUCAGCGAGUUAGGGUGUGAUUUGAGUUGGACCAGGCGACGAGGACUUGAAAUUCGUCAUCCCCAGCACGGCAUCAUCAAGCCGCGCAUCGUGGGACAAUGUCCAGUCAUUGGCGAGUCCCGGGCACUGGACUUUAUCAAAGAAAUGGAGGAGCGUAAGCUUGAGAAGCUGGUGCAAGCCACCCGCUCUACUGCGAGGAGUUUGUGGCUCUGGGAUCAGGCAACCUCAUGGGCUGGCCACCUACAGAGCUUUGUGGCGAGCGGUACGAGGGCAUCACAACUGCAAGCUUUGGGUGCGGACGACUCUCCUUUCAAGAGCCUCAACGAUUUCGAGAAGUCUGCCCUGGCCGAGGGGAUUGAGCUUGAUGACAAGGCAGGCUGGAACUACUUGAAGGCUAUCCCUUGUUCCCGUCAAAAGAGGAAACGCUUGAUGACUAUGCCCUGGGUCAUUCGUCUGUUUUCUGGAAAGGGAGACGGUGCAGAUCCUAUCUUCAAGGAGCUGGAGGACUCUAGAGUUUUGGUGGAAGUGGAUAUUGCCAGGUCUUCAGCCUUUGAUAUGUUCAAGGUCUCGGGCGUCUAUAGGGCCCUCCUCUGGGCAGCAGCUACAGGCAGAGUGGAUGGAGUGCUAGGAGCCCCUCCCUGCAGAAAGGAAGGUGAUUCAGUUCUUCUUCUGAAGCAGAUGUGGCUGUUCACCGUUGCCAAGGCCGCGAGGACUAUGGAUGUUGGGCAGCCUGUCUUUAUGAUGAUGGAGGGUGCUAGGUUGCUACGAGAUGUACACUGUCAGGACUAUGUGCGGUGGCCUACAAUCAGAGCAGCAUGGGCUGAGCUUUUGGAGGAUUUGUGUUUGGAAGAGGUGAGCCCCAAUAUGGUGACCAACCUGCAGAUGGAGGAUCCUCUACCAGAUGUUGGGGAUUGCUCGAGGGAGUGGACAGACGCGUUCAAGACCCUGGUGAAGCGCGCCGUUGAUCUAUGGGAUCAAGCUCCUGAGGGCCUCCAGAUUGCAAAGUGGGUGAAGAAGCUUGCUGCAGGAUCUCCAGAUUACCUUCAAGGCUUCACAGAGAGGGAGUUGGCCAUGUGGAAAACUCAUGUACAGAACAACCACCGGCCGUUCCACAGGAGAUGCCGUACAUGUGUGGUCAGCAAAGGCACCGGGAGACACCACAGGAGAGUGCGUCAUCCUGAUGUUCAUUGUUUGAGCUUGGACAUCAUGGGUCCCUUUAGGACCAAGUCUGGGGACCCCAACCACCGCGACUACCGAUACAUGUUAGUCGGGACGUACACUAUGCCAAAGAUGAAUGAGGAGUCGGGCGUCACCAACCUGGAAGACCCUCUAUGUGAUCAUGAUGGAAACACCGAAGAGGUGGAUUUGACUGAGGGAGACCAUGCGGAAGCAGAUAUACUCGGCGGUGGAAGCGAUGCUCCAGGUGAAGAUGAGUGGGAUGAACUAGACCCAGUUGAGCUAAAAAGGGAAAGGCCGACGGAGUCUAACAUGGACUUGAAGGGCCUCACUGAAGAGGAGUUUGAGAAGAUCUUCGUUGAGGUUGGAAAGCCGUAUGAUGUUCAGGUGAUCUAUGUAUCCAUGCCACUUCGGGGAAGGACUUCGGCAAGAGUGCAAAGCGCAGUGCAGGAGAUAUUUUUGAAGCUGAGAAGCGAAGGGCUUCAGAUUACAAGGGUGCAUGCUGAUCGCGCUCGUGAGUUCAGGACUGAAUCCCUGAAGCGGUGGAUGCUCCAACACGGUUCCUUCAUGACCUACACCGAAGGACAGGCCCCUCAGCAAAACGGAAGGGCUGAAGCAGCUGUUCGAUGGCUAAAGGGUGAGAUCAAGAUGCUGUUGCAAGCCUCUGGUUUGUCUAAGUCGUGCUGGGCUAUGGCGGCAAGCUACGCUACAGCGUGGCAGAGGGCCAAGGCACUUGGACUUCCAGGUCCUCCUCUACCUUUUGGAACAGAUGUUCACAUUCGUGCCAAGGUUUAUGGAACUGGACAGCGCUACGACCUCGACAGUCGAUGGCGGAAGGGCACAUAUGUGGGACCUAGCCUUGAUGUUCGGGGAGGCCACAUUAUCAAGUUUCCAGACAACACCUACACUACGACAAAACACUUGAGACCGAACUUGGUGAACUCUGACGGUCUUGUGGAUUUGGGAACCCAUGAAGCGUUGAUACCGAUGCCUACAAGGAGGUUGCGAGGGAAGGCCGCUGUGAAUGAGGAGUUUGUCGCACCGCAGGAGGAGAAUGUAGGACCUUAUGAUCCUGAGCAUGCCGCUGAACAGUAUGCAGCUGGUUUGCUGGAGGAGGAUGAACUGGUGCAGGACCAGGUUGAGAUCUUGGUUCGUCUUCUGCCUUCGGUGACUGAAAUUCCAAGACGUUUCGGAGAACAAGAAAGUGGGUCGAUGAUUUGGGCUGCAGGAGCUUUUGUUCAUGGAGGCGUCGUCGGGGUGAAGAGGGCAACAACUACGUUUCCAUUGACAACAAAGGUGUUUGUGAAGUACAUAAAGCAGAUUGCCCCGGAUUUCAAGUUCAAUGCAGUGACGGUGAACAUCAAUGUGAAGGCGCAAGAGCACAAGGAUGUUCACAACGUGGGGACUUCUAUGAUCACGGCAAUUUCCCAUUUCAAAGGAGGUGGAUUGGAUGUUACCGUUGAUGGAGAAGUUCAAAGGCUAGAGCUGGGUUGUGAGCCAGGUUUCUUUGAUCCACACAACAAGCACUCCACCGCGCCAUGGUCAGAUGGAGACAGGAUGGUGAUGUUGGCGUACUCUAUUCGGGACAGUGGAAAGCUGACGCAGGACAAGGACAUGGACAUAGCCAUACAGGACCUCGAAGAGAAGGCAGAAAGACUGCGAAGCCUACUUGAGGAGGAGGAGAUCCUUGUGGAACAGUACAGUCGAGUGACGUCUGAGUCGAGGGAGCGCUUGGAGGAAACAAGGAAUCAGGUUGGUGAGUUCCUGGACUACAUCCACGAAGAGCUGAUUGGCUUGGAAAAGGUGAGAACGGCAGCAUGUUUGAGCUCGAUGACCAGGAGCUCUACUACGAGGACUGGCGAGUCUGGAGCCGAGGAUGUAGAUUACGAGAAGCUUCUCGAUGAGUUGGAGGAAGACCUCAAAAUUGUGCAUACGGUUCCGAUUGUCCAGGUCAAGAGGGUUCUGGAUAGAUGGGUUGCUUCUAUCAAAAAAGAAGUGGAGAAUCUCUUUGCUUCAAACACCCUACGCCGUGUCACAGCCGAACAAGCGAAGCAGCUGGAAAACUCAGGACAGGUGGUGUUCGCGCCCGCGAAGUGCGUCUUCACACUAAAACCUCCUCAGGAGGCUGGCCGCCGUGCAAAGCGCAAGUGCCGGUUAGUGAUAUGUGGGAAUUACGUGGAGCGAGGCCGGGAUGGACCAGAAGACCUUUACGCAGCAGGAACUUCCUCGGACUCCUUGAGGCUGUCCCUGGUUAUAGCCGCUGUUCGUGGGUGGUUGGGUGCCGUUAGCGACGUGACAGGAGCUUUUCUACUAGCAACAUGGCCAGAAGGAAAAACCCGUUACGGCAUCUUUCCUCCAAAGGUGGUUCGAGAUGCUGGUUUUGGAGAAGGUGAAGCCUGGAUCAUCGAACGCCCGAUCUAUGGUCUACGAGAAAGCCCCAAGAUAUGGAGUGACUUCCGGAACCGCAGACUUCGCAGCGCCAGAGUUAAGCUUGGAGACGUAGUGCUUGUUUUGCACCCUACCAUCGUGGAGCCGGAGCUCUGGAUGAUCGUGUGCGAGGUUACAGGAAAGCUUUACGGUUUGAUGGUCCUCUACGUUGAUGAUAUCCUGUAUUUGAGUGACAAGGAAGUGAUCGAGGCAGUCCACCGGUUCAUAACUGAAGAAUGGCCUACAUCACCUCUUGAGUGGCUGAAUGAACACAAAGCAGUACGCUACUUGGGGGUUGAGAUCCUUCGAGAGCCUCGAGUAGAUGAACAUGGAAGCCGGCAUUACGUGUACACCGUUGGGCAGUCGGCGUAUGUGCAGGACCUUCUACGAAGCCACGAUAUGCAGGAGGUACAUCCUACGCAGCUACCAGUGCCCAGAGAGUGGGUGGAGGAAGCUGAGGCUUCUGAUGAAAUCGAGGAGGGCUUUUCAGAGGACACAUUACGACAGGCCCAGCGGGUUGUCGGAGAAGGUCUUUGGUUAUCUACGCGAACGAGACCCGAUGUCCUGUACGUGGUCAACCAUUUGGCUUCCCUGGUAUCAAAGCGCCCUGAAUAUGUUCUCCGGGUCGGGAGGAGACUCCUGGCCUACCUUGCGGGGACACAGGACCUACGACUUCAACUUGGAGGACCUCACGGUGAUGAUCGUGCCAUAACCUGUUAUACUGACGCAAGUUAUGCGCCAUUCGGAAAGCGGUCUUUUGGAGCAGCGGUCAUUUGCCUACAUGGCUCUCCUAUUUCCUGGAAAGCAGGCCGUCAAUCAUUUGUCACGCUUUCGGUCAUGGAAGCAGAACUGUAUGCUGCGACCCAGGGUUGUUUGCUGCUUGAGGGAGUCUAUGCCUUGGCCAAUGAGGUUUCCCCUGGAAAGUAUCAGAGAGUACUUGCAGUAGACAACACAAGCGCUGUGGCCAUGCUGACAGGAGGACCGGGAUCGCAACGAACACGACAUUUAAAAAUCAGAGCCAACUACGUCAGGGAGGCAGUGGAGUCUGGAUGGCUAGUGGUCAAGCACGUGGAUGGGGAUCAGCAACUGGCAGAUUUGGCAACAAAGCUACAACCUCGCCUAAGGCUUCAACAGCUACUUCGUUUGUGGAACUUCACAGGCAGCUGUAUAAGCAAUGUGCUCAAGACCAUGCAGGCCAGAGUCUUGACUAUCCUGGCAAUGUUGGCUUCGUUGGUGUGCCCUACUCGUGCAGAAGAUCUGAGCAGGACUAAAGAUCCAGUUCCUAUGGCUUCCUGGGAUGAGCUCUUGAUGUUUGUCAUGGUGAUUGCACUGAUUGCGGUGAUCGUGUGGGAGGUUGUCAAGCACGUGUCCAUUGUGUUUUGGAGGCAACUAAAGGCUGCUAAGAAGGCAAAGAAAAUCCAGAAGAUUGGCGAAGCGGCUUCCGAAAUGGCAAGAAAGGAAAUCCGCUCAUAUGAGACAGCCAAUGAAGCUCGGGCAACUAGAUCAGCCGUCUACGCCUUUGAGACAAAGAACAUCAAUGGUCAGCGAAAGGUUUUCCCCAACGCCGUCUUCUUCGAGUUAUUCAGAAAUGAAGACCGGCUUGAGAAUGGAAGGCAGAUGCAAGUUACUGUGGGCAGAUCUAAACACCAGAUCUCGGAUUUCCAGUUGGAUCAACCUGUGGAAGUCGGCAUGAGACAACGGGAUUUUCUCGUGAAAAUUGGCAAAAGGCCGUUCCUGGCUUUUAAAG